AUGCCGCGUCGCAGGGCUGCAGACCGCGAAGGUCCGGUCAACACCCGGACUCGCAGCGGGUGCCAGGGGUGCCGGGCGAGUCGGGUGCGAUGCGACGAGAGCAAACCAGCCUGUGGACGGUGUCGGCGGAGAGGUCUGGAAUGCUCGACACAGGUGGUCAUGAAGUGGGAGUCGGAAUUUGCGAGUCGUGGCCUGGCCUUUGGUCGAGCGGGGGUCUGGAGUAAGCAGACUCCUGGUGGAAGCUCGAAGAGGCCGUCACGGUCACCGUCUUCUCCCACACAGAAAGAACAGGAAUGGUGUUUGGUUCCGCACAUUGGAUCGUGGGCGUUUGUCAACAGUGGUAUCGCUACCUUUGAGGAGUCGUGUCGUGUCCUUGUCGGACGGGACAUGGGCAGCGUAUGCUCUGCUUGGGACUUCCCGGCCAAUUAUGAUAACGCUAUGAUGGGUAGACCGGUUCCAGAGAUUCCCAGGUCAUUAUCAGUUUUUGGGGAUAUCUCGGUGUGGGAGCAUGGCCAAAUGUUCGAUUAUUACCUCCACCAGGUGUGUCCACGGACAACCCCGAGUUGCAGAGCUACCUCGCCCUUCGCAUCGAUCAUUCUCCCGUUUUGCCUGACGGCCUCUCCAGCUCUCUUUAAGGCGAUCCAGGCUUUAGGGGCCUGUCAUUGGUCACGGUUUGAUGGCUCGUACAGUGUUCUCGGGCUCCGGCUCAAGUCUGAAGCCUUACGCGAUCUCCGACGGCGACUCUCAGAUGGAUCUCUUGUCUUCUCGGCCGACCCAGAGGUUCUGGUUAUCAUGAUGAUGCUUUGCCUCUAUGAGAUUGUAGACGAUUGUGACCAGCAUUGGACCAUCCACCUUCAAGGAGCAAAAGCCCUGAUCCGACAACGAAGACAACAAGUCGUGCACACCGAGGACUCUGACUCUCACCGGUCCCUCCUGGAUCCAGUGACUGCAUUCGCAGAGUCGUUCUUUGCGUUCCAGGACGUCAUGGGCCGGACUGCAUGUGGGGAGGAGGUGAAUUUCGGUUCUGACCAUUGGCCAGAGAACGAACAGACCGUCGAUCUCUGGAUGGGGUGUAGCCCGGAACUGGUCUCUAUUCUGUCGUCAAUCACAGAACUGAGCCGUACAAGAAGACUCCGGGCAGCAGGACCCGCCUCGGCUCAAUUCACAGCACGAGCAGCUUCCCUGAGACGCCGACUCGAGUCUCUUGUGCAAAAGCUUGACGGGGAUGGCAAAGACGAAACGCUUGAGGCCGCUGCGGAGCUCAAACGACUGUCCGCCAUCUUGUAUCUGCACUGUUCUCUGUAUGGCUCGUCGCCGCAGACCCCGCUCGUUGCAGACUACGUCCGGAAAAUCCUCCGAUCAGCCUCUCAUCUUCUUGACCGUGGAGUGGUCGCCAGCAUUACCUGGCCGAUCUUCGUCGCUGCUGUGGAACUUGACCCUGCGUUCGAUGAGCUCUGGUCUGAGGAGCAUGGACCCGAGGCUUCUGCCGUGUAUGGGCGGCCGUUGGUCCUGCGUGCUCUGGCUGCGAUGGCCCAAUCCAGUGUCUCCAAUGUGGCGCGCACGCGAGCUGUGAUCAUAAAGGUCUGGCAGUCUCGAGAUGGCGAUAUGCUCAAGGCAGCCUCGGCUGAGUGUUCGGGCUCGGCUUGCAACGACUGGGAGCGAUAUGUUGCUCCUAUCAGUACUGCCAUGAGCUUGGCAUAA